CGAACUUUCUCCGAUAAUUUCCGCGAUCAUUUCUGAGCCACAUCGUCGUCCCCACAGCAGCAGCAGCAGAGUGCUUGUACCGAAUCGGAACAUUUGAUCCAAUUUCGAAGGGAGCAGUGGUGCACAUAUCUCCGAGAAUGUCGACCGAGCAGAACUUCCAGAAAGGUUACGACGCCACUGCACAGAAGACGCAGGAGGCGAAGGACGCAGCCGGAGGAGCGGCCGAUCGCACCAUGCAAUCGGCCGGCGACGCGGCCGAGAAGGCGAAGCAGGUGGGAUCCGAGAAGGCCGGCCAGGCCCAGAACACGACCAGCAGCGCCGCCGGAACCGUCCAGGAGAAGGCUCUGAACGCGUGGGAGCAGACCAAGGCAACCGUCGCGAGCACCGUGGGCGCCGUCCAGGAGAAGGCCGCGCAGACCUUUGGCUCUGCCAAGACGACCGCCGGCAACACCACCCAGGCUGCCUCCGAUAAGACUGUCCAGGGCAAGGAUUACGUCGUAGACUCGGCUGUGCAAGGCAAGGAUUACGUGGUUGAUUCCGCCGUGCAAGGGAAGGAUUACGUCGUCGAUUCCGCGGUUGCCGCCAAGGACGCCGUCGUGAACUCCGCCACCCAAGGCAAGGACUUCACCGCCGACAAGCUCACCCAGGGCAAAGACUACACCGCUGACACUGCCGGUUCUGCCGGUCAAUACACCUCCGAUUCUGCCGUCGCUGCCAAGGACAAGAGUGCAGGCGUCUUGCAACAGGGAUUUGAAGCAGUGAAGGGAGCAGUGAUCGGUGCCAAGGAUGCCGUAGUUGGCAACAAGAGUGCUACUAAGUAGAUUUGGCUUGUUCCGCCCUCUUUCUCUUGUUGUUUAUAUUUGUGAAUAGACCUGAUUUACAUUACUAUACAACUUAAAGACUGGGACCUCAUUCACUAGUUUCCUCGGUUCGCGACAAUCGUUGCGGUAGUGAGGAUGAUUUUUUAAGGACCUGACUGAAACGGCUGGAAACGUGAGAUCCCAGUCUGUAGGCUUGACUGUCUGCCAUUUCGAACACAUUUGCCCACUGUAACACACAAUUAAUUAUACUUCACCGAUUCUCAUUCUUCAAA